AUGAACUAUAGACAAGAAAGAAUGACAAAAAUGCCUGCAACUACAUCUUCAAAUAAUGCUGGCUUGCCCCCUCAUGGCGCUUCGAGGAUCAACGUGGGUUAAGGCAGACAUGUUUCUACUCCUAGGUCGUAGCUCACGUUGCCGAGUGAAGCUAUACUUAAUUUUCGCCACGCCGUCGCACCUAGUAUUAUAAGGAGGUAACCGGACUCCACCCGCCGCCGGUUUGCGAACCGGAUAAAGCUGAGGCCGCUCCUUCAGUAGCCCCGGGAUCCAAAAAAAAAAGUCCAGGCAGAAGCGAGGCCCCCUUGAAUCUUGAAUCUUUGGAUGUAGGUUUAGUUGCUGUUUGGUGUGGUCUUUUGUUCACUUCAGCAUUCGGAGAAGAUACCUGUUACCUUAGACUGUAAGCUACUUAAUACUAUUUUUCUCUUCAUCUAAGCAGACACAAAGACGUUUUCUCUUCGCGAUGGAAAUACAACAAGGCACGCAGAUACCAACACAAGACGAGGAGAAUUCUUGCUGCGUGAGCUGCACAACGAGAGCUGGCGUGGUCAUCGUGCUCGAGAAACAGGACAGGCUUUGCAACAUGCGGAGCAGAUCUCCUUUCCAAAAUGGAUGGAUGGGUUCCCUGCGUCAUCGUCGUCCUCCGCAAGGAAGAGUCCUCGUCAAGAUAUUGUACAGCCAAUGAAUACGAAGCAGAGAAGCCCAACAUCUUUGAGUAAGAAGAACAGUCCAUCUUCUCAGUUCUUAUUGUCCUCGGAAAACAGAGCAGUGCAUGUUGGAGGAGGCAACGCCGGUGUGAAAUUAAGGCUUCUUUGGAAUUCCGUGAUCCAUCAGGCAUUGAGUUUUUGCGGGAAAAAGCAUCUCCAUGAUCGACACAGACACUACGGACUAUUCUUUGGACCUCCUCUAAUGACAGCGCCAUCUGUAGAGCAAAAUAUUCCAGUGUAUCCCGCAUCGAGAACGAGAUCAAUGUUACAUCGAUCAAUGGGAGCAGGACAGCACUCGCCAGGUGGCACUAUCCCUGCUUCUGUUAAAGUAGAAGGAAGCCAACAUGUUCCCGUCGAUGGGAGAAAUCCUCCGGGACAAGCACAACCGCAACAGAAAGCACAGCAGAGACCACAUCAGACACCACCAGCACAAGAAGAUCAUUUACUGAAACCGAACGGACCCUUGAAACCUAGUAAGUGGGCGUUGAAUGAGGUGGAGCGCGAACGAAGGGUGCGUGAAGAGUUGUCGUUCUUGCUUUCGUCAUUACAGAUGGAAGCUACUGAGGAAUUAAAGCGAGAGACGGGGGAUAAAAGAAAAGGAGGAGCAGCUGGUCGAGUCCCAGUAUUAAGACCAGGUGCUGUCUUAGUAUCAAGUACGUAUAUAUAAGGCUAGGCGAACUAGGUGUCUGAGAAUCAGUAUUGAGACGAAGCUGUUAAGACUAGGUGGAUGCUUCUGCUGGUGAUCUCUUCUGUAUUAGCUAAUUCGUUGUGAAAGGAGGGGGCAGAAGAAAAAUAUGUUAUGCGGAGCUAUACCGAAUCUUUAGAUCAUUAUAUGAUCGUCUACUAAUGUUUCGUGAAAUCCGCGCGCAGGAGGCUCUGUUUUCGUUUCUUGAAGGGCGACCGGCGCCUGUGCAUGAGAGGGAGUGGCGUUUUACUUGAGUCGGGAUCACGGACCAUGCCUCAGGGACGGCAGAUGCAGGGUUUCGCUAGUAAAGCGCAGUUUUUGCCGCCUACUAAAGGUCUUGCACAGUGUUGAAAGAAGCCGGAUGACACUGCUUGCUUCAUGAUAGAAUUUUGAACAGAACAUGCUGCAUGUAUGAAGCCGCUCGUGAUCACGCAGUAUGAAGAAAACUUUUCCUUGGAGCACUCACUGUGUAGCGUAAAUACUUGGUGAAAGGAACGAUUUGUGCAUUACUUAGAUGAAAGAAACGACCGUAGAUAAUUUCUACUCAGCUCAAGAAUCAAUCUGAAAAAGACAUGACGCAAUAGAAGAUUUAAGCUUGUUGCUCUCUACUUUGAAUCAGCCUCAUCAAAGAGAUGAU